AUAAAUUUAGAGAAGUGAAGGAGGAGCUUAACACUGACACUGUUCGCUCGGUAACUCGGCUCGGUUGGAAACAGGCACAGACUGAAGAGGCAGCGGAGAGCGAAAUUGAAGAAGAGACGGACAAAAUCGGUGGACGAAAUUGCCGACGCUGUUAAAAUUCGACCUGGUAGCGAAACACGAGUGCCAGAGUUCGAUCGCCGACCGUGCUUUUCGAAAGGAGUGCAUUAAUUUUGUUCGUUCGGCAAGAGUGCGGAAGAAUGUCGAGGCCGCAGUAGGCCCUAAAACUCGCACCCCCCGUGUCACAGUUCGGAUGCCAGCACAGUUUUUUCACUGAGGUUGCGUUGCUUUCUCUACGAUCUACGGACUCAGUUUGACUCUUUAGUCUCUGCCCACAACCCACCUGAACCAAUAGGCUCGCACGAUCCAUUGUUGACGCUCUGAAUAUCUGAAUAAAUCUGCUGAAGUAUUCAAACUUGGCCAAACACUCUUGAGAAAUGUUUACUUCAGACCUCACAAAGCUGUCAGUUGUCAGUCGUGCCUUAUCUCAGUGCGGCCACUUCAUGCUUACAGAAGGAUAUAACCCGUGGGAUUCCAAGCUGGAGCGCAUCAAGAACACGAUGGGUGACCACCCAGAUUACCUGAAGCUCUUCCUCAGCACGCACAACUUCAUCUUGCGCGGCGAUGGCGCCCUGCCCUGGGACUACCGCCACUAUAUCGCCAUCAUGGCGGCGGCGCGCCACCAGUGCGACUACCUUGUGGACAUCCAAAAGGAGAUGUUCCUCGAGCAUGGCGGCGACCCAGCUUGGCUCCAAGGCCUGGACUGUGUGCCAGACAAGCUCAGGAGCCUCAACGAAAUCAACAAAAUCUUGGCACACAGGCCCUGGUUGCUUUGUAAAAGUCACAUCAUACGCCUCACCAAGGAAAGCAACUGGUCACUGGCAGAGUUAGUCCACGCGAUUGUGAUUCUCGCUCACUUCCACUCUCUCGCCAGCUUCGUUUUUGGGUGUGGAAUCAAUGACCAAGAUGACCCAGACGCACCAGUUAACAACAGUAAGAAAAACCUAAUUUUAGGUAAUGUUGAACCUGAAGUGCGCGUCGAUCAGCUGAUGGAGCGGAUGAGGACGCUUUCGCAACGGGAGGAGGAAUUCUCAGUGGAGGAGCAAACACAGCGCUUUCUUCGCGUUGAUCAUCGAGAUCAAACAAUCGAUAUUGAAAAUUCGCGUGUUUUAAAACAAACAAGCGGCCUCGGUCACUUCAUUGAAGACACAGAAUUCACUUACCAAGACUUUCAGAGAAGGGGGGAGACAGGUGAUUUUCCUACCUUUCGGGUGCAGGAUUAUUCGUGGGAGGAUCAUGGCUAUUCUCUAGUCAACCGCCUGUACAACGAUGUUGGCAACUUGCUAGAUGCCAAGUUUAAAAAGGCCUACAACAUGACCUACUACACGAUGGGUGGAAACAAGGAUGUCGACACAUCCCGCUUCCGCAGGGCUAUUUGGAAUUACAUUCAUUGUGUGUUCGGCAUAAGACACGAUGAUUACGACUACGGCGAAGUGAACCAGCUGCUGGAGCGGUCCCUCAAGGCGUACAUCAAAUCGACCUGCUGCUACCCCGAGAGAGUUGCGACCAGAGACUUUGCCCAGGUCCUUGCAGAGUUCGAACACAGUGAAAAGGUGCACAUCAAUCUUAUGGUGCAGGAAGCACGGAUGCAAGCGGAGCUGCUGUACGCGUUGAGAGUGGUCAUGAAUCACAUGAAAUAGAGCUUGCUGAGGACGCCAACAAACUACUGCUGUCUGAUUCCGCAUGCAACGAAUCCCCCCACCCCCAUGGUGCACCAAUUCCGAAAGGAAAGUUGCAGUUUUAUAAAAAUUGGCGUUCUGAAUGCACAUCAGAUGUGAACGAUCAACGCGAGCUCUAUUUUGAGAUGCGACCUCCUCCCACCCCCGCGCGUUAUAUUAUACCCUUACUAUAUAAAGUAGUUAUGUUAAUUAAAACAAUUAUAAUCUGCAGAAAUAUGCGAUGUAUUGUGUAACUAUGUGAUCAAAAUGUAAGGCACGCUGUCGCCGCUUGAACAGACGAGGGGCUCGACCGCGCUGUUCUUGUUCCACCGUCAAAAUGCUCGAGUCCCUAUGGUUUGUCUAUUCAACCGAAUACAAGACUUGCCUCAAAAGUCGACUGCACUUGUGAACAACUUGGCACAAGAUUUUUCCUAAGUUUUGCUAACUUUUUUAAACGCCGUCCAGUUUGUCGUCUGCCCCACGGAACUGCUUGUUUGGCGGCCAACUGGAUCGUUUUAUUUCGGCAAUCUAAAGUCAGCCACUGCCUGCCAGUAAACGCUUUUUAAUAUUUUAUUUCCCAAAUUUUUGUAAUUUUUUAGAGCCUUUGUUAAAAUUUCCAUUCGUUCGUUUUUCAAGUGGCGCUGCGGCUCAAAUUAAGCCGAAGGAGCUUGCCAAGUUCUCUCUCCUUGUUUAAAGACUGAUGCUAGAGCGGGGGAAUUCCUUCAAUACCGAGAAGCGUGUACCCGAAUGGAAUAUUUUGGUCUUAAGGUUAUGAUUUUAUCAGCUUCUCAUUUUGCUGGAAAUUCAUGUUAUCUGAACUGCACAUGUUAAUUACGGUGCCGAAGCAAGCACAUUCUUAUUAUUGAAUUGCCAGUUACUUUUGAGGGUGCCAAUCAAAACUGCUCUCAAACUGUUCAAGAUAUUUAGUGAUUAUUCAACUGUUGUCUGAUAGCAAGAUACUGUUGUUAUUAUGUAAGCACACACUGAUUCUCUACUCAGUCGGAACAGAGUUUCAAAAGUUCAUAUUUUGCGAAUCAGAGCUACUCUAUUCAUCACCGAUAAUAAAAACAGAUGAAUAUCCAAUUUAA